AAGAAGAUGAGGACACUCUCAUCAACCUAGACGCCGACCCCAAAACCCCGGCUUCGAGCAAGGAGUUAGAUGAAUCCAUGCUGGAUACACCUCCGCCCAGAACAGCAUCAGCUGAUCAACUCGCCUCUUCAUAAUGCACGGAAAAGGUGAAGUAUACAAGGUAGGUGACGAAUUAAGGGUGGUACAGUGCAACCUACAUCAUAGUAGGGUAGCAACUGCCACCCUUUGUCGCCACCUUGAUAUGAUGAUUAACACUAUCGCACUGAUCCAAGAACCUUGGGUUUUAAAAUUCAAGGUCUGCGGUUUCAGUGGUUUAAGCGGUUCUAUUUUUAGCUGCCCUGCCACUAAUAAGGUCAGAACUGCCAUUUACGUACCAAAACACGCAAACGCUCACCUGUUGCCUCAGCAUACAGGCAGAGACGUUACGUCGAUCAGAGUACGGUGUACCAUCAACCGAAAGGUUAAGGAAGUAACGAUGGCAUCAGUAUACCUCCCGUAUGAAGACCAGCCUCCAUCUCAAGGAUUGGAAAGGCUGGCCGAGGACGCGAGGAAAGGUAACUGGAAUCUUGUCAUCGGAUGUGACUCAAAUGCACACUCAACUGCCUGGGGCAGUGCUGAUGAUAAUGGAAGAGGCUCUGAGCCGACCUUUAUAACCGCUAGAGGUCAAUCAGUCAUCGACAUCACACUCGCUUCGAUGGGUAUCUCGUCUUCGAUCCACAAUUGGACGGUUUCCGACAAUGUUUCAAUGUCCGACCAUAGAUGGAUCACUUUCGAUCUUGGUACCAUAAAGAUUGGAAAGAACCUAAAGCGUAACCCCAGAAGGACGGANUUCUCAAGUUAA